GAGCCAUAAAUAUUAUAAUGCGAAAAAUCAAUAAAAGUGUCACGAUAGAGCUUUAUCUACAUUGCAAUGUUUUUCAAAGUUUAGAGUUUUUAAAUGGCAACCCUUUUAAUUUUCAGCACGAUCGUGGCCGUAAAUACGAGAUUGACGUAAAGACGCGUGAGGAGAUCACUUCACUAAUCGCACAUCAUGUAACUGCCGUAAAUUACAUUUAUCGCAAUACUAAAUUCGAUGGACGAAGCGAGCACCGCAAUAUACGUUUUGAGGUGCAACGCAUCAAAAUCGAUGACGACUCCGCCUGUCGCAAUUCAUACAAUGGUCCACACAAUGCCUUCUGCAAUGAGCAUAUGGACGUGUCGAACUUUUUGAAUUUACACUCGCUGGAGGAUCAUUCGGACUUUUGUUUAGCCUAUGUGUUCACUUAUAGAGACUUCACCGGCGGUACGCUCGGCUUAGCUUGGGUGGCCAGCGCCUCUGGUGCUUCUGGUGGCAUUUGUGAGAAAUUUAAGACUUACACCGAAACAGUCGGUGGACAAUAUCAAAGCACAAAACGCUCGCUAAAUACGGGCAUCAUUACAUUCGUUAACUAUAACAGUCGUGUGCCGCCAAAAGUGUCGCAGUUGACGCUGGCGCACGAGAUUGGGCAUAAUUUUGGUUCGCCCCACGAUUAUCCAUUGGAGUGUCGGCCAGGCGGCCUAAAUGGAAACUUCAUUAUGUUCGCCAGCGCCACCUCAGGCGAUCGGCCGAAUAAUUCUAAAUUCUCGCCCUGCUCCAUACGCAACAUAUCCAACGUUCUGGAUGUGUUGGUCGGAAACUCGAAACGGGAUUGCUUCAAGGUAUCGGAAGGUGCCUUCUGCGGCAACAAAAUCGUCGAAUCGGGCGAGGAAUGUGACUGCGGUUUCAACGAAGACGAGUGCAAGGACAUUUGUUGUUAUCCGCGCAUCAUCAGCGAAUACGACCUCUCGAUGAAUAGCUCGGCGAAAGGUUGUACGCGGCGGGCCAAGACGGAGUGUUCACCUUCGCAAGGUCCUUGUUGCCUCUCGAACUCAUGUCAGUUCGUGCCAACCAACUACCAUCAGAAGUGCAAAGAAGAAACGGAAUGUUCCUGGUCGAGCACAUGCAACGGCACCACUGCCGAAUGCCCGGAGCCAAAGCCGCGCGACGACAAAACGAAGUGCAACAAUGGCACUGCGCUCUGCAUACGCGGCGAGUGCUCGGGCAGCAUUUGUCUGCUGUGGAAUAUGACUGAGUGUUUCCUCACCUCACAAGCGGUGCCGCAAGUCGACAAGCGUCGACUGUGCGAGCUUGCUUGUCAGAAUGGUAACGAUAGUGGUACUUGUCGCAGCACUAGUGAAUUUGCUCAUCGGGUUGGUCUGCCGGAAGGCGGCAUUAACUUAAGGCCCGGUUCGCCAUGUGAUAACUUCCAGGGCUACUGUGAUGUGUUUCUUAAAUGCCGCGCUGUUGACGCAGAUGGACCGCUGGUCCGACUGAAGAACCUGCUGCUUAAUCGCGAGACCCUACUCACCGUAGCGCAAUGGGUCACCGAAUACUGGUACUAUGUAGUUAUAAUAGGCGUGUGCUUUAUCAUUGUGAUGGGCAUAUUCAUUAAGUGUUGCGCUGUGCACACGCCCAGCUCAAAUCCGAAGAAGCGUCGAGCGCGUCGUAUUAGCGAAACGCUGCGCGCACCGAUGAAUACAUUGAGACGGAUGCAACGUCAUCAUCAAGGCCGCGGCGCCGGUCCACGCAGCAUACCACCGCCAGCGCACGAACAACGUGGCGCUGCCACCAGCGCCCAUCAUCGUAGUACGCAUCCCCAUAAUUGGGAUCGUCAUCAGGGUGGACAUUCCAUAGUGCCGCUACCCACGGGUGGUCCACAUCAUAACCAUCAUGCAAGCGGACGCGCGCCAGCAAUUGCAGCCAAUGCUGCUGCAGCAAGCGGGCGGACGCCGGCCAACGGACGCAGCUCGCGGCCAUCAACGCGACCUUCGAGCGGUACACGCAGCACAACGCAUGGCGGGUAUGCAGACGCGCCACCACCUGGCCUUGUGGUUGGUGGUGUGCCAACUGGUGUUGGUGUUGGUAGUGGUGGUGGUAAUGGCGUGCCAAAUGGCGCGCUAGUAGUGGGAGGCGCCGGCAGUAGUGGUGGGCCCAGCGCUGGUGUAAUUGCGCGCCAGCAAAUACCGCUGCCACUGCCGCCCACCGGCGCGGUACAAGCGCAACAUUUACAACAACAGCAGCAACAACAACAAGUGCAGGCAACACUCUCGCAGGCAUUUUAUGCGCCACCGAAAGCCGUCGCUCCGCAACCAGCAAAUUAUAAUCGACCGCCAUCGCUGCAAAAUCCAGAGUUAUAUGCGGACGCUUAUGCCGCGCUGGGACGGGGGGCAUAUGAGGCGACUACGCGCCCACCCAACACCAAAGUUUGACAGCAGCAACAGCAAUCUCAGCGUCAAAAGUUGGCUCCGCAAACGCUCAAGAAGCAGCUAAAAUCAACAGCAACAAAAACCACAGAAGCAACAACAACACAAAAAUCAAAUGAACUCAAAUUAAAUGUAAAUGUCCU